AUGGACGAGGUAAGCAGAUUGCUCGAUUCGCUAAAGGCGGCAAAACUGCUACAGGACACAUUGGUCGUUGUGCAGAUUGGGCACGAGUCGGCGGAUGAUUUUGGCGUGUGCCACAUGAACCGAUUUGUGGGUCAACAGUUGUGGCGCCCUACCGUUGUCGAUGUAUCCGCUGGACAGGCCGCCCCCCAAUAUGGCCGCUCGUUGGAGGCUUCCAUCUGCUUCGAACGUGUGCUGCUGCAGGAUUCUCGCUACCUGAAAGCCUACCAAAAUCUGCAGAACACCAAGUGCGAGCUUGUCGAAAGAUGGCAUUUCCGCAUGCUAAACGACGUUGUGCGCAAUGCAGCAUUUCGGGCCGCGAUCGAGCGCCAGAUCGCCGGAGGAUACAACGAAGUGCUCGACAUUGGCACCGGUACCGGUUUGCUGUCGAUGUACGCUUUGCAAUGCGAGGGCAUACGCAAGGCGGCAGCUUGUGAUGGAUCCGAAAUCAUGGUGCAAAUCGCACGGGAUGUGUUUGGCGCUAACGGGUUGAGCGAUCGGAUAUGUUUGUUUCAGAGCUUUUCGCAGGAUUUAAAAAUCGGCGAACGUUUCUCGCUUAUCAUUACGGAAACGCUUGAUUCCGGUGCGUUUGGCGAGGGAAUACUGGAAACGUUAAUCCACGCCAAAAAGCAUCUACUGCUGCCGGAAGGCAAAAUCAUUCCGGCGAAGGUAACGCUGCAUGCCUCCGGCUAUCAAUCGCGCGCCUUAACCGCAAGCAAUAUUUUAAUCAACGAAGCAUUCAUAGACGAUUUCGCAUUGCCUAGCAACUGUUUGCUUUCUAAAGAAGGUACGAAGUGCUACGAUGCAGAGGAUGUAGGCCGCAUCCAGGCGAACGAUGAUUUUGAGUUCGUGACCGAUACCGUCGUAUCGUUGGAGGUUGAUUUCAACGAUCUCGACUCGUUGAUGCGCUAUCAUGAUGGUACGGAGGCGGGCGAGGUAGAGCUGACCUGUCUGGAUGAUGGUCUCCUGCUGGACGGUUUUGUCGUAUGGUUCGACCUACAGCUCGACGAAACGCAAGCCAUUAGUACGGACCCUACCACCAGCACGUGCUGGAACCAGGCCAUCUUUCGACUGAACCAGCGCCUGCCGGUUGCGAAGGAUCAACGGUUGAAGCUAUCGAUGUCUUGCAAGGACGGUGCACUCUCUAUUGCCCACAACUUGAACUCAGUCGACAAUCAAAUAAGUGUGGACGAACAUGUACUCGAGUUUCUAAAUGACAACGAGUACUACAGCAGCCUAAUCGAGGCUACCGAAGGGCUGGACGACAUGGAAAAAGUACUCGACCUGUCGCUUUUCCCCUACGCAGGGCUGAAACUGCUCAAAGAGGGCAAAGCGCGGAUGUUGUUCUGCCUCGAUCAGACCGAGGAUUUGAUUGAGUUUAUUGCAAAUCAAAACGAUAUUCCCAUGGGUAGUAUUAUGUUGGUGAACUCACUCCAAGAGAUAUUUCUGCUAAACGACUAUACGCUGGAUUUAAUUAUUCUGCAACCGGUUGAUGUGUUCGGUCAGAUCAACAGUGAGCACUUUUGCCUUUAUCAAUCGUUGCUGGCCAAGUUAAAACCCAUCGGAACAGUGAUACCGUCAUCGCUCGAGCUGCACGGUAGCUUGAUCGAGUCGGACUGGAUCGUGAAGUGUAGUCGGGUAGAAAACCCGGAACUGGAACAAUUUCAAAUCGACAAGUAUCUAGCUUCACUGGAAACCGAGAAUCAUCUAGAUCUGGGCCCGUUUUCCUACCGCAAUCUUUCCAACAAUGUCAAGCUUGCAGAUAUACCGUUCGAUGGAAAGCUACACGAAACUGCGCUCGAAUUGGCCCUUUGCGAACCAACCGUACCAAAACGGGUACACGCCAUACUGUAUCACUAUAAAAUUGGAUUCACUCCAGAGCGUCCAAUGCUAGGAACGGAUCGGGUUCAGUCUUUUGCUAAGCGAUCUGCAUUCAUCAUUCCAAAGUCUACAUUCCAUGGAGCGUCGUGUGACGAGCCAGGCGCAUCUGAAGAAGCGCAUCAGAUCGAGCAGCUCCACAUUACCGUACUACAGAACCAUGGAGUUAUUAAAUGUGAUAUUGCUUCCGUUCGAGAGUAA